GGUCUCCCCGGCCUUCACGCCAACCUCGGUGAUCCGCAAGAUGCACGCUCACCACCACGCUCACCAGCACGCUCACCAGCACGCUCACCAGCACGCUCACCAGCACGCUCACCACCAACACCACCACAAGUCACCCGUUCCUCACUCCUCCAUCCUCCUCCAAGAUCCCUCCGCCACCGUCCCUCCCGCUCCUCACCAGCCAGCCACGGAGUGCAGUCCCGGCGGGCCGGGGGGCCCUGAUCCCAGCGGGGGGGGCAGCUCCGGUGGUGGGGGGCCCUCGCCUCUGAUCACGCCCGGAGCCCCCUACGGACAGCACGGCACAGCCGUGCGCAGCCCCCCCUCCGCCACGGCCACGGCUCGGCCAAUAGCGGCGCUCGGCCCCUCGCCGCCCGCCGCCGCGGCCUCGCGCCACCGCCCCCCCCCUCCGCCGCACCGCCACCGUCGCCGCGGCGACGGCGACGACGACGACGACGAAGCAGCCCCCGACGCCGGUGACGUCAUCGACGGGGGCGGAGCAAGAGGGGGCGGAGCAAGAGGAGGGGACGGCAGCGACGUUCGGAGCUCCUCCGGCGGCUCGUUGCCGGCCCUCGCCACCUCCGUCGCCUCGGCGGCCCCCGCGGCCCCCGCGGCCGCCGCCGAGCCUCCGGGCGCGCCGCCGGUUCGGGACUCGAAGCAGCAGCAGCAGCAGCAGCAGCUACAGCAGCAGCUACAGCAACAGUUGCCCUCGCUGCAGCAGCAGCAGCAGCUGCAGCAGCAUCUGCAGUUUCAGCAGCAGCAGCAGCAGCAGCAGCGGGCGCUGCUCCACCUGCAACAGCAGCAGCUGAUUAUGAGGGGGGCCGUGGUGGCACAGAGGCAGCUGGGUUUGGCAGGAGGAGGUUUCCCUGCUCCGGUCGAUGCGGCCAUCUUUGGUCUCCAGUCCUCGAACGCUCCUCACUUCCUCAGCUCCCAGGCUGUUGCUCUAGCGCAACUACAGGCGCAGCUUCCUGCAGCAGCUGCAGGGACUCCGGUUCAACUCGCCCUGCUGCAACAGCAGCAGCAGCAGCAGCAGCUGCUACGCCAGACCGCUCUUCCCACAGAGGCCACCCCCACCGACGCGGCAGCCGCCAUAGCCUCCCGGCUCCACCACCAUCACCACCACCAUCAUCAUCACCAUCAGCAGCAGCAGCAUCAUCAUCAUCAGCGUGCUGCUGCUGCUGCUGCGGGCGGUGGAGGUGGACAGCUGAGCCGGUGGUUUGGCUCGGACGUCCUGCAGCAGCAGCACCUCCCCUCGAUGCCCAGCGUGGUGAUAUCUGUGGACGAGUUGGAGCUGCGGCCUUGAUUGUCCACCCCCCGGGGGAGUGGCGGGUGGACGUGGUGAGGGUUGGGUGGACGUGGCGGGCGAGGUGGUGGUGGCGGGUGGUGGUGGUGGUGGUGGGUUGUGGGUUGUCCGGGGUGGAGGAGUUGGAGCUACGAUUGUCCACCCCCAGGAGAGGGUGGACGUGGUGAGGGUUGGGUGGACGUGGCGGGUGAGGUGGUGGUGGGUUGUGGGUUGUCCGGGGUGGAGGAGUUGGAGCUACGAUUGUCUACCCCCAGGAGUGGGUGGACGUGGCGGGUGAGAUGGUGGUGGUGGGUUGUCCGGGGUGGAGGAGUUGGAGCUACGAUUGUCCACCCCCAGGAGAGGGUGGACGUGGUGAGGAUUGGGUGGACGUGGCGGGUGAGGUGGUGGUGGUGGGUUGUCCGGGGUGGAGGAGUUGGAGCUACGGAGCUACGAUUGUCCACCCCCAGGAGAGGGUGGACGUGGUGAGGGUUGGGUGGACGUGGCGGGUGAGGUGGUGGUGGGUUGUCCGGGGUGGAGGAGUUGGAGCUACGAUUGUCCACCCCCAGGAGUGGGUGGACGUGGCGGCUGAGAUGGUGGUGGUGGGUUGUCCGGGGUGGAGGAGUUGGAGCUAUGGAGCUACGAUUGUCCACCCCCAGGAGAGGGUGGACGUGGUGAGGGUUGGGUGGACGUGGCGGGUGAGGUGGUGGUGGGUUGUGGGUUGUCCGGGGUGGAGGAGUUGGAGCUACGGAGCUACGAUUGUCCACCCCCAGGAGAGGGUGGACGUGGUGAGGAUUGGGUGGACGUGGCGGGUGAGGUGGUGGUGGUGGGUUGUCCGGGGUGGAGGAGUUGGAGCUACGGAGCUACGAUUGUCCACCCCCAGGAGAGGGUGGACGUGGUGAGGGUUGGGUGGACGUGGCGGGUGAGGUGGUGGUGGUGGGUUGUCCGGGGUGGAGGAGUUGGAGCUACGGAGCUACGAUUGUCCACCCCCAGGAGAGGGUGGACGUGGUGAGGAUUGGGUGGACGUGGCGGGCGAGGUGGUGGUGGUGGGUUGUCCGGGGUGGAGGAGUUGGAGCUACGGAGCUACGAUUGUCCACCCCCAGGAGAGGGUGGACGUGGUGAGGGUUGGGUGGACGUGGCGGGCGAGGUGGUGGUGGUGGUGGUGGUGGUGGGUUGUCCGGGGUGGAGGAGUUGGAGCUACGAUUGUCCACCCCCAGGAGAGGGUGGACGUGGUGAGGGUUGGGUGGACGUGGCGGGCGAGGUGGUGGUGGGUUGUGGGUUGUCCGGGGUGGAGGAGUUGGAGCUACGAUUGUCCACCCCCAGGAGUGGGUGGACGUGGCGGCUGAGAUGGUGGUGGUGGGUUGUCCGGGGUGGAGGAGUUGGAGCUACGGAUCUACGAUUGCCCACCCCCAGGAGAGGGUGGACGUGGUGAGGGUUGGGUGGACGUGGCGGGCGAGGUGGUGGUGGUGGUGGUGGUGGUGGGUUGUCCGGGGUGGAGGAGUUGGAGCUACGAUUGUCUACCCCCAGGAGAGGGUGGACGUGGUGAGGGUUGGGUGGACGUGGCGGGUGAGGUGGUGGUGGGUUGUGGGUUGUCCGGGGUGGAGGAGUUGGAGCUACGAUUGUCUACCCCCAGGAGAGGGUGGACGUGGUGAGGGUUGGGUGAGGUGGUGGUGGGUUGUCCGGGGUGGAGGAGUUGGAGCUACGAUUGUCCACCCCCAGGAGUGGGUGGACGUGGCGGCUGAGAUGGUGUUGGUGGGUUGUCCGGGGUGGAGGCGUUGGAGCUACGGAGUUACGAUUGCCCACCCCCAGGAGAGGGUGGACGUGGUGAGGGUUGGGUGGACGUGGCGGGCGAGGUGGUGGUGGGUUGUCCGGGGUGGAGGAGUUGGAGCUACGGAGCUACGAUUGCCCACCCCCAGGAGAGGGUGGACGUGGUGAGGGUUGGGUGGACGUGGAGGGCGAGGUGGUGGUGGGUUGUCCAGGGUGGAGGAGUUGGAGCUACGGAUCUACGAUUGUCCACCCCCAGGAGAGGGUGGACGUGGUGAGGGUUGGGUGGACGUGGCGGGCAAGGUGGUGGUGGUGGUUUGUCCGGGGUGGAGGAGUUGGAGCUACGAUUGUCCACCCCCAGGAGAGGGUGGACGUGGUGAGGGUUGGGUGGACGUGGCGGGUGAGGUGGUGGUGGUGGGUUGUCCGGGGUGGAGGAGUUGGAGCUACGAUUGUCCACCCCCAGGAGUGGGUGGACGUGGCGGGUGAGCUGGUGGUGGUGGGUUGUCCGGGGUGGAGGAGUUGGAGCUACGGAGCUACGAUUGUCCACCCCCAGGAGAGGGUGGACGUGGUGAGGGUUGGGUGGACGUGGCGGGUGAGGUGGUGGUGGUGGUGGUGGGUUGUCCGGGGUGGAGGAGUUGGAGCUACGGAGCUACGAUUGUCCACCCCCAGGAGUGGGUGGACGUGGCGGGUGAGGUGGUGGUGGUGGUGGGUGGUGGUCACUUCCUGUGGACGAGUUGGAGCUACGUGAGUUGGUGGACCACCUUCGCCGCUGUGACCCACCGUCAACCAUUCACCACCGCUAUCAUCAUCAUCAUCGCCACCAUCGUUGGCUCCAGACAUCGCCUGCACCACCGCUACCCUCACCAUCAUUGCCAUCGCCGCCACCACCUUCACCAGCACCAUCGCCACCAU